AAAGAGUAAUUACAUGCUGACAUUAGUUGCUAAAGGUUUCAGUUUGAGACAAAAGAAAAAGAGGGCACGUAUUAUAGAAGGAGCUAAAGCUUGUAGCUCUGCUUACUAUGGCAGGUAGGAUCAUGCAUUGGACUAUUACGGAUGCUUGAGCUGCUUCAGGACCUGUCUGUGUACUAGACACUAUGACGACUAGAGCGCAUGAAGUAGGACUUUUGGUGCUUGUUGUUGCUGUGUUUGUUGAUAAAGUUGCGACAUGUAGCAUCUCAAAUCCACAAUGUUACAAAAAUACCACUAGACCUGAUGAUGAUUUCUUGUGUGAAUGGAAGGACCAAGAUCAUUCUCCAGAUGCUAUUUAUACCAUUUUUAUGCAGACCUCAUCUGUUAAUGAUAUUUCAUAUUCUACCAAGUUCGAUGCUGGCAAAAAUUUGUUCAAAAUACUACCCGUAGAAGGUUUAAUUACAGCACGUCUUUUAGACAUAUGGGUGCACAGACAAGUAUUCAACGUGACCUGCAGCUCGCCAACCAUAUCUGUGUUCCUGAAUAGUUCAGUUAAAUACAGUCCACCCAAUAUACAGAAAAAGAUAAGGUCAGCUGAAAAGCUCGUAUUAAGUUGGCCAAGAGUGAAUGACAACAAAGGUGCUAUUCAUGAGAUCAGAUGGAAGAAGAUUCCGAUAAUGAUGAUAAAAGAUGAAGAUAAUGAUUCAUGGCAGAAUAAAUCCUUUAAAACUGAAGAUGGCGCAAAUAAUGGUAAUUUGGACUCCUACACAUUGCAGCUACAAAAGCACACCGUGUACCAGGUCCAAAUCCGACGAAAGGCCAAGCAAAGUCUCCUCUGGAGUCACUGGAGCCAGACUGUUGACAUUCCCAUUGAAAUUCAACAGCCUGUUGUUCAGUGGAACGAAACAACGCAUGGAGGAAAACGGGAAAUCACAAUCAAUUGGACUAUUCCACCUCCUGAAGCCUCUUUUGGAGGUGUCUCAUACAAUCUGACACUGAAUUUACCUUGCGAAAAGACGAAAAUGUAUACGAUAUGGAACAACACUUUUGAAACUGUGGCUACUUAUUCUGAGGCCAGGGUGUCUCUUGUUGCUAUAAACAACAUAGGAAGCUCACCUUCUCAGGAGCUCGUCAUUCCACCUGUUGAACAUCUCAAAUUCUGCCACAGUGAUACCCACAAAGAUUCGCUACCAAAGCGUAAACGCUACUGCUUGGAGUGGUAUAAGCUUGAAGAUGGUGAGACCCGGCCAGCAAAAGUAAACAUCUCGAGGUCUAAUACACUUGAAGACAUUAAAAAAGAUAUGGAGAAAUUUGUGCGUUAUUACUACUUUCUUCACACUGGACGAAAUCAAAGUCGACGAACAAACAUCUCAUGUCCUGUUUAUUCCAAAGAAGGUGUACCUUCUUCACAGCCGAAAAAUGUCACAGUUUUAAAUAUCACACAUGAUUCAGCUGUACUGUGGUGGCAGUCAAUUCCAGUGCAGGAGCAGCGUGGUUUCCUGAAGCAUUAUGUAAUACGGAUAUCAAGAGAAGGCCACAAUGAAACAGGCCACCAUGAAGUGACAGCAAACAAAACCAGUUUCCUUUUGAGGAACCUCGAGCCAGGCUCCUCUUACACGCUCAAUAUUGCUGGGAGAACUGAAAUCGGAGAAGGGCCAAAUUCUACUAGGACCUUCUUCACGCUCAGUUCUUCUUCGACUGACAAUGGCAUGAAGAUGGCCAAGAUUAUCCUUACUGUGUGCGCAGUAGUGCUUCUAUUUUCAAUUGCAUUGUCUGUUGCAAUCAGAAGAUUAAGGAGAAAGCUGUUACCAAUAAUCCCAAGUCCUGUGAUCUCUCCAGCAGCUAUGCCUUGUAUGGACAAAAAGAAUAUGAAGCCCAUGACAGAGAAGGUGGAUGAUGUCAUUCUCUUGCCCCGUGAUCAGGAUAUACACCGCCGCUUUCCCAGACAGAAACACACCACUUCACUACCAGACUUUGAGGUCAGUCUUCCAGAUGAAGACAAGGAAGACGAGGAAGACGAAGAUGAGGAUGAGGAUGAUGAUGCUGAAAGUCAUUUUACUGGCUUAAUCUCUAGUGCCAUAACAAGUUCCUUUCCGAACCCUAAUUAUAAAGGACAGUUGCUUCAGUUUACUGAGGCCCUGGAGAUUGCAGACAAAGGGCAGAUGGAAAGCUGCGAGGUCAACACACCCUCAUACAAGAAUGGCCUCUUUUUUGAAAAUAGAACUGUGGAAAAUGAGGAGAUAUCAGUGCAAUCAUAACACAUAGUUUACUGGAAGUAUUACUGCAGCACUAUGAUCUGACCCUAGAAAAAACACUGUGUGAAACUAAAUGGCAGAAUUAUUUUGGUUCAUUCCAGCUUUCUUUACUCUACAGAAUCUCUCAGGAGUUGUCUUAUACAGUAUAUUGACUGCACUAUGUGGGUACGCGCUGUUUGUGUGCACGCAUGUGUGAGCAUGUGAGUGUUUGCUUUUAUAUCUUUUAUGGUAAUGCAUGAGCUGUGGAAGUUUUGUGGAUCUUGUCUCAAUUUUGAUUUGCUUUGGAAAAAAAUCCUCCAGCUUGAUAAAGUGCACUUACAUUUGUAAGAGUUACCAGUUAUUUAAAAUAUCAACACAAUUCAAACAAACGCAUAGAAAGUUUUCUUCACAUUUGUGUUUUAGUUAUUUCCAACAUGUGAUGGAAAUAACCAAGUUCUGAGAAAUGUUCUGAGAGCUUCUCAGCAAAAAGUUCAGUUGGUGGUGAUUACUCACUCUAACACCCAGUUGUGGUCACAGGUAUGUGUUUACUGUGCAGUCUGUGAGUUAAAUUGCUAAGCUUCAAAGGCAAAAACAUCAACUGAUUUUAGUUCAAUAGAGAAAAAACAGACAUUUAACUAUAUGACAAAAGGAUUUAUAUUAGCAGCAGCAUAACUCUGUAUAAUGCAUGUCAACUGUAUAGUGGGUUAUUGUGUGGAAAAACAGAUCUGUCACUACAGAUCAGAUAAGAAUCAAGAGGAAAUGAAUGAAUUGCAUCUGAUUUGAUGUUAGAUGUAGUGAUUUAAACAUAGUUUCAAUGUUAUAUGUGUCAAAAACCAAUAAAUAAACACAACAGAUGUGUUGUGUUUACCUACUGCAUAAGAUAGUACUAUUGUACUAUUACUAAAUCUUGACUCUGAUUGGUCAGACAGGUACUGAUGUUUUUUUUCUUUUUCUUUUUUUUGAUGUAUUAUCAUUUGCAAGGUUUAUAUUAAUGAGUACAUUGAAAUAUGUUAUUGUUUCAAUAAUUUAACCCUUUAACUGUCAUUAAUUCUGAAACAUGACCUUUUUUCCUGUGCGACUUUCUGUUCCUACAGGCUUUUAUUUAUAUAACUAGCAUUAGCAGUUUGUUUUAAACAUUAACACAGUAACUGUUAUGAAACAGGUCUGUUUUAUUAUCUCUAACAGAACCUUAAAGUUGUUGUGUUUAACUUCCUAGUUUUGAAGACACUCUUGUGACUGUUAUAGAAACAAUUAUGUAGAAACGUUAGUAUAGAAAUGAAUGCUUUGUCUUGUCUCGUCAGAACUACUGUCUGAGUCGUGCUGUUACAGAAAAUGAAUCAUACUUCUUAAUCUUCUGACCAGUCAGAAAUGGGAAAUCAACAACGCUGUGGUUGAAACAACAUUGUUACACAAUUGAAGAAAAAGAAUUAAUGAACACAUUUACAGAGACAAAUGUACACAAGCUAAUUGGUAAACAGAUCUGAAUCAGCAUAGGAUACAGAAUAAACAACAGAUGGGAGUCAAAUGACUCUAGAAUGCGAUAGUACAGGAGAUUGAUUGGUCACUCAAGAUCUCAUCUGUUACAAAAUUGUGGUAUAUACAUGGAAAUGUUUCCACUUAACAACAACGUGGGAGACGUGUCUCUCUGUCUGAAAACAUAAAACAUGCAACUUGUUUAUUCCUUGUGUAUGUAUUGUACUUUAAGUUAGUUGUACUUUCUCUCUUUACUUUCUGAAGAAUUCUUGUUUCUUUGAGUUAUAAAUGAAAGAAUAUUAUUUUCUGUGUGCACGCUUAAUCUCAGCGCCUUUUUUUAACAUUUGCAUGUAGGAAAGGCACUGUUCUCCCCAUGCACAUCUUCAGGGUUUGUUAUACAAAUAAAUUGAAUUGAAAUUGAA